AUGCUGCAGCCGGUUCAACCUGUGGCCAUCAUAAAGAACAGGAAGGACAUGUACACACCGCCGACUGAAUGUAGUGGAAGGAGCAUGUCCUGCAGGAGAUGGACAGCGAGGCCGCUGACAAAGUCUCUGAACGACGCGCUACCGGUGGUGGCGGCGGCGACCAAGGCCGUUGGCGAGAAGAUCGCGAUGGAGGAGAAGUUUUGGAACUGGAAGAUGGCGAUUGUUAGGAGGAAGCACAACCACAUCUUGUCCCUGUUCAACCUACACAAGGUGUUGGUGGAGAAGAAGCAGGGAAGCCGCUCGCUGAGAAGACCAUGCAACAGAAGACCCCCACCGCCGCCGGUGCCAUCUCUAGCACGAGCUGACCACGUCGGGCGUUAG